UUGUUGGGUCUUAGCGUCGCUCGUCUCUGAGUAACUAGAGCCCGGUCAAAGAUGGCGGCUGGAGGUUCACUGAUAUAAACGGCUGCGGCUCAGCCUCCGUCUCGCUCCUCGGCUCCCCCCUCCCCCCGAGCCUACCCUUUACGUUAUAAGACCAACCGUUACUGACAGUUAGCCUACCGUCUCCCCCGCUAUCCCCGUGUCCCUCACCCUCUGCACCGGCUGCUGUAUGUCUGCAGCUGAAAGGGGGCGUUUUACUGAUCAUUUUCUCACCUGUCUGUGCAGCACCGUCAAGUAUCUGUCCUAUUUCAGGUCCAGGAAGAAAUCCCUGCAUUACUGCAACGUUAAGGACCGCAAGCUGGAGGAGAUGGAUGAGCAAAGUGUGGAGAGCAUAGCGGAGGUCUUCAGAUGUUUCAUAUGCAUGGAGAAGUUGCGAGACGCUCGUCUCUGCCCACAUUGUUCUAAACUCUGCUGCUUCAGUUGUAUAAGAAGAUGGCUAACAGAACAAAGAGCUCAGUGCCCUCAUUGCCGAGCCCCCCUACAGCUGCGGGAGCUGGUUAACUGCCGAUGGGCAGAGGAGGUUACUCAACAGCUUGACACGCUACAGCUGUGCAGUCUGAACAAGCAUGAAGAAAAUGAGAAGGACAAAUGUGAAAAUCACCAUGAAAAACUCAGUGUUUUUUGUUGGACUUGUAAGAUUUGUAUCUGUCAUCAGUGUGCUCUUUGGGGAGGAAUGCACGGGGGACACACUUUCAAACCUCUGGCUGAAAUUUACGAGCAGCAUGUUACAAAAGUAAAUGAAGAAGUGGCAAAACUGAGGCGAAGACUAAUGGAACUCAUAAGUCUUGUCCAAGAAGUGGAAAGGAACGUUGAAGCUGUCCGAGGUGCAAAGGAUGAACGCGUCCGGGAGAUUCGCAAUGCGGUGGAGAUGAUGAUUGCGCGACUUGACACACAGCUCAAAAACAAGCUUAUCACUCUCAUGGGCCAGAAAACAUCACUUACUCAAGAAACUGAGUUGCUGGAGUCAUUGCUGCAAGAAGUUGAACAUCAGCUGCGAUCCUGCACAAAGAGUGAACUGAUCUCAAAAAGCCCUGAGAUUCUAAUGAUGUUCCAGCAGGUUCACAGAAAACCUAUGGCAUCCUUUGUAACCACCCCAGUGCCACCAGAUUUCACAAGUGAAUUAGUCCCUUCCUAUGACUCGGCAACCUUUGUUCUGGAAAACUUCAGCACGCUACGCCAGCGAGCUGACCCUGUUUACAGCGCACCUCUGCAAGUAUCUGGGCUGUGCUGGAGACUAAAAGUAUAUCCAGAUGGAAAUGGUGUGGUCAGAGGCUACUACUUGUCUGUUUUUCUCGAACUUUCUGCUGGACUACCAGAAACUUCAAAGUAUGAAUACAGAGUUGAAAUGGUCUACCAGUCUUCUAAUGAUCCUGCAAAGAAUAUAAUCCGAGAGUUUGCAUCUGAUUUUGAAGUUGGCGAAUGCUGGGGUUAUAACCGCUUUUUUCGUCUUGACUUGCUUGCCAACGAAGGCUACUUAAAUCGCUCAAAUGACACUGUCAUUUUAAGGUUUCAGGUCCGCUCUCCAACAUUCUUCCAGAAAUGUAGAGAUCAGCAAUGGUACAUCUCUCAACUUGAAGCUACUCAGACAACUUAUCUACAACAGAUAAACAAUUUGAAAGAAAGGCUUGCUAUUGAACUGUCGAGGAACCAGAAGCCACGUGGUAUGUCUCCACCAGACACACAUCUUAGUCCCCAGAAUGAUGAAAGUCCUGAAUCCCGGCCCAAGAAGCCAGAUAUUAAUCUGGAGAACAUCCCUUUACCCGCUCCCAGAGAGGCAGAGGAAGAGGAGGAUAAAACCCUCCAUGAUGUGUUUACUGAUCUUUCUGAUGGAGAUCUGGAUGUGGACCUUGCUGGAGAUGAUGACGGAAACAAUCUAGAAGGCAGCUGUUCCUCUGCCAGCUCUACAGCCACUAGCAAUACAGAAGAAAAUGAUAUAGAUGAAGAAACCAUGUCAGGUGAAAACGAUGUUGAGUAUGGCAGCAAUAUGGAUUUAGAAGAAGGGGAGUUAAUGGAAGAUGCAGCUGCCACCACUGGAGCUUCAGCUAGUAGCCACAGUUAUAGCAGUGGAAGAAACUCGAGACGCUCAGGAAGCAACAUCAAUACCUCCAGCAGUAGCAGUCUUUUGGGGCUGGAUCCUCUACUUCUCAUUCACUUACUUGACCUGAAAGACAAAAACAGCGUAGAAAAUCUGUGGAGCCUGCAGCCCAGGCCACCUACAUCAAUCCUGCAGUCUUCAGCCUCGUGUUCCCGUAAGGAAAGAGACCAACGAAGACAGCAGACCUCUUGGCGUGUUUCCCCAGACCUGAAGAUGCUUAAGCGCUAUAAGUGUCAGGUGUUAGAAGUUCGCAGCAAGCUGUCUGCUGUCAAAAGCCAGUUGUGUGAAGUCCGAAGCAGUGGCACCGGGGUCAGUGAAGGCCAAAGCGGUGGCUCCGUGGAUGCUGACCUCAUGACUGCGGGAAGUGCAGAUGGAUGUAGCAAGUUGCAGGAGCUGGGUAUGGAGCUGCUCAGGAAGUCUUCUAUUGCAAGCUGCUAUGUUCGAAAUUCUACUGGAAAGAGAAGUAACUCGCCCAAGCACUCUCGCUCGGGUGACAGGGCUGGAAGUCUGUCUCUCAGGAGGGCUGUGGACUGUAAUGAUGGGAGUCAUCGUGCCAAAGGAGAAUGUCAGACUGCGUCAGAAGGUUGUAGUGGCGGCUCAAAGAAUAGCAGUAGGCAUGGAUCACCAAGAUCUCUUACUGGUGGCAGCCCAGAAAUACCGUGUAGCUCAAAGACAGAUGACAGACAGUCUGACCUACUGAGCUCUAAAAUACAAGCAAUGUGUAUGGAGAAGUCCAGGAGAGUCGACAACUUGGGGUCAAAUUCAAAAAGCUGGAAUGGGAAUGAUAUGGCACAGAUGGGAAGCCUGGACAGUGAUCCUGAAGCUGGAGAAAUUAACCCAAUUUUAUCCGAGGGGGGUUCGUCCUAUCCUGAUGAAGCUGCUGUGUGUUCAAAGCACGUCCUUCACAUUUUGCCAGGAAUGAGCAGUGAUAGUGACAUUGAGUGUGACACUGAGAAUGAAGAGCAGGAGGACAACAUCACGUGUGCUGGCUUUAAUGACACUUACACGGCACAGCCUCCAGGUGAAGAUCAAAGCCUUACAUUUCCAGAUGACAGUAUAAGCUCGGAAGACCUUCGCUUUGCAGCUGGAGAUGACACUGGAAGGUAAUUUUAUGAAGCAUGGCGGCUUCUCCUUGGUCAUUCUGAAGAUGGAGAAGCAGAAACACUACACUACAUAGAAAGUGCCCAUUUCUAGAUGCACAUUAAGUGUAACUUAUUUAUUCCAUCUGCAUGGCUAUAGCAUUGUAUGGUAGAGAGAUGUUACCAUUUUUAUUGUAGCUGUGAGAAGCAACGGAGUACAAUGGCAAUGUACACGGCUCAUACAGAGAGUAAUAACACAGAUGCCUUUACUGCACACGACAAAACUAGCUAGGUGCGCGACUACCGGAAAUAAA